CGUUUUGUUACUAAUCAGAUUUGAUCGUCGUGCACAUUAAGCAGACCGUAACGAAGCGGAAGUAGGUUGGAGAGAAUGCUCUCGCUUGGUUUGAAUACUUUCCUGUACUCUCUUCGGUGUGUCCGCCGCAAUGGUCGUCCUGAAAGGAAUCCCCUUUAUUCUGUCACCUGAACUGCUGUAUACUCUCGCUAAAAUGGGUCAUGGGGAUGAACUGGUUCUUGCUGAUGCAAACUUUCCAGCAUCCUCCAUUUGUGCUUGUGGUCCAAAGGAGAUCAGAGCUGACGGUUUGGGAAUCCCUCAGCUUUUACAGGCCAUUUUAAGGUUGUUGCCCCUGGAUACCUAUGUCCACUCUGCGGCUGCAGUCAUGGAUCUGGUGGACAGUGACAAAGUGAAGGGUUUUACUGCCCCUAUUGUGUGGGACACUUACAAUGACCUUAUUAGGAAUGCUGAGCCUCUGACAUCUCUUGAAAAGAUAGAAAGGUUUGCUUUCUAUGAACGAGCCAAGAAAGCCUACGCUGUUGUAGCAACAGGGUAUGUACUUUCUUUACUUUUAAUUGUUGAUGUGUGUGUGUGUGUGUGUGUGUGUGUGUGUGUGUGUGUGUUUGAAAAUUGUUUUCAAAUGUAUCACUUGAAAAAAAAGAUUUCUAGAAAUAAGCAAACAUCACUAAGUUGUAAAAUGGGUGUUUUUUUUCUUUUUUUGCGGUAAAUAACCGUGUUUCUCUGCUUGAUAAUCAGACUGGAUUACAAUUUAGAUUUCAGUUCAACAUGUCAUUGAAAACCAGCAAUGGAAAACGUAAAUAUUCCUCCCUUUCUGAUGUUCCCUCUGCUCUGUCCUCGCAGGGAAACAGCUCUGUACGGGAACCUGAUACUGAAGAAGGGGGUGAUUCCUGCAGAGCGGCUGGAGUGAUGCACAGACACUGAGACGCUACACAUUUAAAGUAAUGAUGUUGCAAUGUUAAUUUCAAUCAUAGCUUUAAUUCCUUGUGAAAAUCAGUGACAGGCGAUUUUUUUUUUUUUUGUUGCACAAAGUUAUUUUUUUUUACAAUUUUCAGGUGAAGCUCUGAAUUUAAAACAUUUGUUUUUGUAAGUAAUACUGUAAAUAUUUACGAUCAUUUAGAAUUUACAGGUUACAUGAAGCAGAAAUUUGUUGUAGGUCUUAUUAACAUCCUCUGCAUUGUACAUACAUUUAAAUAAAUAAAACAAAUAAAAUCUU